AUGUCCGUGAAAAAGGUUGGCGAUUCGAGCUUGCUAUCGGAGGAAGAGCCAUUAAUAGCUCUAGGAUACGAGAUUGUGGAAGUACUUAUAAAAGCUCUGCCAUCUCUUUGUUUUGAAAACUUUGCUUCAGAGAGAAUCAGGUCCAGGGUUCAAUAUGGGGCAUUUUCUCGAGCUGCUCCAAAAGAGUACGGUUUCAGAAUACAUAGAAUGAAUAUAUCCCCAGGGGUGGUCCCAUUUUUGAAGUCUGGCGAUAAGAUAUCGGGCAGUUCAGUAACAUCUGCUAUUGCUUCCGGAGUCUCUUCAUUGAUUCACUCCUGCAAAGAGUUUGCGAACAAAGGCAAAGGUUUCAAGCCCGAUACGCGGAAACGAGUAAUUAAGGAACAUUUUUUUAGAAUGAUGGGGCAGGACGAGAAGUACAUCAUGCUUGAGAAAUUUGUUGGUCUAGAUGUCCAAGCUAGGGACGGGGAGCCUGUUAAUGCUAAAAGGAUUAUUCUAGAAGCAUUUCGGGAUCCGGAGCCACCUGAAUGGAUAUGA